AACUAGUAGAAGAAUAUCAAGGAGAAACAUAUGAAGAUAGUACAGCUAGUUUUGAUGAAACAAAAUUCUCGGUACCAGAAUUAGAUAGUAGCCCAUUUCGAAGCUCAGUAACUCAAUAUUCAGAUGGAUUUAGUCAUAAGGAUCAAGAUUUAGAAGAAUUAGGAGCAAUUCCUUCUACAUUGUUUGAUUCACCAGUGUCAAAGAAUGGGAGAGAAACUGGGACAGAAAAUCAAACGCUUAAGCGUACUCAUAGUGAACGUUUAUCAAAUACAUCGUUAGGAAGAAAAUCACCUAAAUUAUGGCAAGAUGUAUCAGGUUAGUUAAAAAGGGUAGUCGGAAGAAAAUAAGGAAUUUUAACUAAUUCGUGGGGAAUGGUAUAGCUUUAGGGUCAUUUUAUCCUACAACAAAUCGGCCAACGUAUGUAGUGGGGAAAUCUACAAUAGAAAAAAAUACAGCGCGAAAUGCAAAAACACUUGCAAAUCAUAAUGGUUCAGCAAUGGGAUUUUCAAAUAGUAUAUCAAAAUAUCGUGAAUCGGAGAUAAAUAAUUUUGAAUCGACGCAAGAGACGGAUAAAUCGACGAAAUUAUUCAAUUAUUCGUUUACAGAGUCCUUAGGAUCUUAUGCAAGGCAUAAAUCUUCCCAGGAAGAUGCGACAAAUACGUCGGGUGGGCCGUAUUCUGAAAAAUGGGCAUCUAUUCCAAGUAGAUAUCUUCAAGUAACGAAUCUGCCAAAAACGAUUGAAACAUGGAUGCUUAAGGAAAUUUUUGAGAAAUUUGGAGAUAUACAGGGAAUAUUAUCUAAAAAUCUCCGUAGUGAUGGAUCUGUUAUUGUCGGGUUCUACGAUGUUCGCGAUUGUAUUAGAAUUCAAAAACAACUUCGUCAUUAUCGGUUUUUCAAUGACCGUUAUUUAGAAGCACAAUUUUGUUCCAAAACGACGUUAAUAGCUAUGUCAAAAGGGGGCACAUCACUUCCCUUUCUUUCAGAAAAUGAAGGAGAAAUCAUCAUUUCUCUUCAAGGAUCAGGAGAUCUAUCCAAAAAUAUUUUGUUUAAUCUUUUAUCUUCAUACGGUGAUAUUCGUGUAAUUAAAUCACCUUCUACAACAAUGAAAAAAACAGUUAUUUGCGAGUAUUUUGAUAUUAGAGAUGCCAUGCUAGCUGUGGAUGAGUUAAAUGGCAGAGUAGUUCAGGAUAAUAAACUUCAUGCCACAUUUUAUGAAUCGGGGUUUAUUUCCUGGAAAAUAGUAUCGAAUGAAUUGCAGCAUUUACAAGAUAAAAAUGUCAUAUUAGAUCAAUUUAAAUCUUUAGAUAUUUCCGAAGAUUUAAAUAAUGUUUCAAAUGAAUUUCUAGUAAAUCAUGAACCAACCAAUAUUUUUAUUUCACGUCCUAAACUUUCUCCUCCUUUAGAAUUUUUCUUGAACAAAAAAGGUUCUAAUGGACCUAUUAUGGAUCGAUCAAAUUCAGUUCCGUGUUACUUUCUUCAAAAUGAGAAAUUACCUUAUACAGAGUCAAUAUCCAAUGGUUCUAAUAAUAUAGAUUAUUACAGGCAUAAUAUUCGAAAACCCACUAAUCUUCAAAUAAACGAUAAUACUACAUACAUUCAUUUAAAUGAUCGAUAUACCAAGAUAAAUAAUUAUCUUCAUUCUUCAGCAGUAAAAGAGGCGCUUGAAGAAGCCAAAGUAAAAUCACUUAAUCCAACAUUUAUUGCUGACGAUUCCUCCAAUCAACGCCAAAUAUACUCAGCAAAUAUGAAGCGAAGUAUUACUCAUGAUGGAGUCUGGGUAGAACAUUCACCGCUAAUAACUGAACAUUUGCCUCUUAACUUAAAAUAUCCUUCUUUUGAUGUAUUAAAAAUGGCUGGUAAUUCCAGUCCUAGAGCAAAUUUGAUUACGGAAAAAAAUAAAGUGAAUUAUGAUAGAAUCACUCGAGGUUUAGAUAUGCGUACAACUAUUAUGAUCAAAAAUAUACCUAAUAAAUUCACACAGCAAAUGUUGCAAGAAUAUAUUGAUGCAACAAACUCGAAAACCUAUGAUUUCCUUUAUUUAAGAAUCGACUUUAGAAAUCGUUGUAAUGUUGGUUAUGCUUUUGUAAAUUUCAUUGACCCUAUUUCUAUUGUUACUUUUGGUCAAGCUCGUGUUGGGACAAAAUGGAAUCGGUUUCAUUCAGAUAAAAUUUGUGAUAUUUCAUACGCCAAUAUUCAGGGAAAAGAAUGUCUUAUUGAGAAAUUUCGUAAUUCUUGUGUAAUGGACGAAGAUCCAUCUUACCGCCCUAAAAUCUUUAUUUCACAUGGUCCGGCAACAGGGGAAGAACAAGAAUUUCCUGCACCUAAUAAUCCGAGAAGGAAAUUAAGAUCAAUUGUAAGUGCUCAGCAGAUCGGGCUUUUUCCUCCUGUCGGGUCAAGAGCACCCUGGUGUACCCGUGAAGAACAAACAUUUUUAUGA